GGACAAAUUCCUCUCUGCUGUUCCUGGAGAAACACUCAGAGCUCCAGAGAGAAGAAGAAGAAGAGAAGGAGAAGAAGAAGAAGGAUUAUUGGUUCACUGGUUCUCUGUGAGGUGCAGACUCAGAUCAGCCUGCAUGCUGCAGCAGCUCACUGGUCCAGGAGAGGAGUUCCCACUGGGAUCUUGUUGGAGAGGGUUUUCUAUACCAUUGGACUUUAAACCGCGGUUCCAUGAGUUAGUUUAACACAGAAAAGUUGUUUUUGUGCCUCGACAACAUGAAACACAAAUGAUGUUCAACAUUUCUAUAGAUGGAGGCUCAUUCUCUAACAACUUGGAGGACUUCGACUCCAUACGCAGUGUGCUCCUUUACAGUGACCUGGAACCCGAGUGGCUGGACGACAUCCAGAAGAACGGCGAGCUCUUCUACCUGGAGCUGAGCGAGGGCGAGGAGGAGGCCGCCCUGGCCCAGGCCGACGCCAGCCAAGGAGUGUCCACCAAUCACGUCCGCUUCAGAGAGACGGAAGCGGAGGUCAUCACCGAGCAGGACCAGAAGCAGCGGGGGGGCUCUCGGGCAAAAGGCGAGCCCGCUCUGAAGAGGCUGGCCCGGAUCCUGAGGAGGAAACGCCGGCCUUCUCAGCGCAGAGGAGGGAAGGACGCCGGCAAAGACAGCUCAGCUUUAUCCCAGCCAGCGUCCAUCCUGAAGAACCAGCCGGGCCCGAGGCCUGGCGUGACCGUCCAGCCGCAGCAGCUGAAGGAAGUAUGUGUCUACCUCAACCCCAAACGUCUUGGAGGUGUCACCACGCCUCUCUCCGUCAGCGGAGGCCUGCUGGAGGCUCUGCUGGGGGUGGUGCAUCGUCCGUCGUGGACCAGAGGUCAAGGAGACCCUGCUGUUUCCAGAGGGGAAGAAAGACUGACUGUUCAUGGAUUAACACCAAACAGCCCGGCCAUCAAAUGUGGCCAGAUCCUAAUCGGUGAUGUGCUUGUAGCGGUGGACGAUGUGGACGUGACAUCUGAAAACAUUGAGCGGGUUCUGUCCUGCAUCCCUGGUCCAACACAGGUGAGGUUGACCAUGGAGACGGUGGCUCCGGUGGACGGCGGCCACACUGGCGACUCUUCGUCCGCCCGUAAGACGAAGUCCUCCCCCCCGGUCAGCCAGCUGGUGCGUCUGCUGUGGGGCGAGGACACGGCAGAGCUCCAGAUGUCGAUCGGACACAUCCCGCACAUCGUCAUGUACCUGUCACUCAAACUGGACUCCGCCUCACCACAGGAUGAGGAGGAGAUCUAUUACCAGUACCCGGUGUCUGAGGCAUCCACUCAGCUGAAAGGAGUCAGGGGGAUCUUCCUCACCCUGUGUGACAUGCUGGAGAAUGUGACUGGAGGGAGGAUCAUCAGUUCGUCGCUCCAGCUCGGGAAACAUCUGGUUCAUGUGGGCUACUGGAAGGAAAGCAACAACCUGCUGGUCGUCGGCCUGCCUGCUGAGAGGGUUCCGCUGCUCUAUCUGCAGACGGUGGUGGGAGACGUAGUCCGGACAUUAAAAGUGAUGUACGGCUCUUUGGACAGGGCCUUCUGUAAAGCAGACCACGCUCCCAGGUUGGACCAUUUCUUCUGCCUGUUCUUCCAGCAGCUUAUUCAGCCGUCUCGUCUGACGGACGUCCCCUCGGCCCCGUCCCCCGACGUCUCGGGGACCCUCUUCCUGGACGGACUGCCAGCGGUCCGAUGGCUCACGCUGCCUCCAGAAAUCAAGAUGGAGGUGGACACUGUUCUUUCCGAUUUUGAGUCUUCUGAUUUCGGUGAAAUGUCAGAGGACUUUUUCGGCCUGAGGCGUCUGUAUGUUAUUCUGGGAUCCUGUCUGUUCUACAAGUCCUACCUGAUCGCCAACCAUCUGCCCAAAGAGGACCUGCUGGACGUGUGCCUGUACUGUCAGCACUACUGCCUGCUGCCGCUGGCGUCUGAGCAGCGCGUGGGGCAGCUGGUCAUCUGGAGGGAGGUGUUUCCCCAGCAGAGAGCCAGCGGUGGCGGCACGGCGCCGGGCUUCAGCCGACCACAGGGACGACACUUCCUCCUCAUAGUGGGGCUGAGGCACUUCAUGCAGUGUGUGCUGCUGGAGGCUGGGGGCUGCGCCUCACAGGCUCUGGGCUCUCCGGGCCCUGACUGUGUUUACGUGGAUCAGGUGAAGGCCACCCUGCUGCAGCUGGAGGUGCUGGAGGCCGGUAUUGAAGAGAGGCUGAAUGCUCCGCCUGCUCCCUGCCUGUCCUGUGCCGACUGGUUCCUCCCAGCCGCCACCACAGCCCGCGACCGCCUGGACAGCCUGGCCUCUUCCUCCCCAGUCUUCAGUAAGCUAGCCGGAGUGGUCAAAGGCUCCUCGUCGGGCUCCAGGGGCCGCAGCCUGUUCGGGGAGAGGUCCCGGAGGUCCAGCCCCCAGAGGAGUUUAUCAGACAGCGGCAGCGAGGGGCAGAUGGAUGCCGGCUCAGGGUCCGGAUCAUCAGUGCCUCCAGGCUUCAGUCCUCAUUCCACCCCGGACUCAGCGAGGAAGCUGGGGGGGCGACGGGAUUCUCUCGGGUCUGGAGGGUCCGAUGGAAGUGCAGGCAGCGGGGGUCACUUCAAGAUUUCCAGGAUGAAACAUCCGAACCCAUUUUACCUGGGGACCUUGAAGAAGACUCUGACUGAGAGAGAGACGGAGGAGAUGUACAACACCAUGAAGCUGACCUCAGGUGCUGAAAACACCUUGUUCCACUACGUCCUGAUGGAAACGGUUCAGGGGAUCUUCAUCGCUCCCACUCACAGAGAGGUGGCUCAGCUCAGCGGCUCCAUCCACCCACAGCUCAUCCGCAACUUCCACCACUGCUGCCUCUCCAUCCGGGCUGCGUUCCAGCAGAGUCUGCCAGCCAGGGGUCGUCGGGCAGCAGACAGACCUCAGGGUGCGGGUUGGGGUCUAGGCCCUCUGAAGGAACACGGGGUCCUGUUCCAGUGUAAACCAGAGAACUGGACCGACCAGAGGAAACCUGCUCCCACCAUGACGUACUGGGUCAUCGGACGGAUGUUGCUGGAGCCCGUCCCUCAGGAGUUCUACGUGUGUUUUCACGACUCGGUGGCAGAGGUUCCGGUGGAGAUGGCCUUCAGACUCUCUUUCGGUUUGGCCUUGUGACACAGUCCUCCUUCAUCAGUGAUGAAGACACAUGAACUGAUGGAGCAUCGGUUGCAUUCUCAGGAAAACACCUCAAACUGCAGCGCUUGAGGGAUUUUUAUGCCGGAUUCAGUGUUUAAAUGGGGUCAAGUGGAACCUGUGAGUGUGACUGUGGUCUUUUGAUAAGCUAACACCAGGCGACGGCUCAGGUUCACCGAAGGACUUCUUUGUGCCUUGUUCCACAACAAAACAGCUGUGUUCUGAACACAGUGUGUGUGUUCUGAACACUGUGUGUGUGUUCUGAACACUGUGUUUGUGUUCUGAACACUGUGUUUGUGUUCUGAACACUGUGUGUGUGUUCGUCAAAGCGACUCCAUCAGUGAAUACCUCAGACAUGUGGGUGUGACUCUGAGAACAGACAGACCUUACAAAGCUGGAGCAAUAAAAAGGAGCUGCUGCAAAAAUCUCCAAAAAUUAACUAAGGUUGUAUUGAUAUUUUCACAGAUUGAAUUGUUGGAGGGGAAUUAUAUUUGUUAAUUUAACUGCUUGUAUAGUUUUGUAUGGAAAUGUACUAACUUGUUACCCAAAUGAACAUCAAGUUGAAAAGAAA